UACGUGAAGCUGUUAAAGCUGUUACCGUCUACACCUCUUCCGUGAAUGUAAUUAUUCAUAUUAUAAGACUUCAAAAAGAAGCAGACAAAUAUAAAAGUAAAUACAAAAGAUUACUGGAAAAAUAUAGCAUAUUAAGAAAAAUUAAGAGGAGAGAUGUAUCGUGCACUAUUUUGCGCAUGAUUCCAGUUCCUCUUCGAUUGUUGUCUACUAAAGAUUGUUCGAAUCGAUAUUUGCAUCAAGAAUAA